AUGGCCAACAACGAAGAUCAGGUAUGGGAUAUCAAGCGGGUUGAAUGGGGCGUGUUUAGUUUCGGAAUUCUAAUCCAGAAGUGGGGGGUAAUGGAUGGCUCACUCCUAUAUCAAUUGGACCCCGAGCAGGGUAACAAAUGCGUGGUUUCAGAGGGCAACCAUGCCAUAGACUUUGCAGGAAAGGUCACUCUAGGCUCUUUCCGCGGUUCUCUGACCAGAGCUAGAGAAAUUGGGAACACAAUCCUGGAAUAUACUCCCAGAGAUCCUGAAAUUAUGCGAACGUGGAUCCAAGAAGUCGACAUCGCACUCUGCGAACUCAUGGGAUGGCCAAUUGUCUAG